AAUGCUAAGAGUCGCAGUUCUGGGCGCGGGCGUCAAUGGCGUAGCCAGUGCGCUUAAAAUCUUGGAGCACUAUCAAGAUGUUAGACAGCAAAAGAUUGAGGUGACCAUACUGUCCGAUGAGUUUACGCCGCACACAACGGGCGAUGGCUCAGCGGGAUUAUGGGGACCAUUUCUGUUGGGCAAUACAGCGCCCAGCAAAGUGCAUGGCUGGUCCAAGGGCAUGCAUGACUUUCUGCAGCAGAUUUGGUUGAGUGAGGAUGCAGGUGAGGCGGGAGUUUGUUUGCUGCCAUGUGUGCGACUCAGCACUGAUGAGAAGGCGAGCGUGGGCGACUUUUGGCGUGACAUAGUCUAUGGAGCAACGGAGUUGACGGCGCAGCAGCUGGCGGACUAUAAUAGAAACAGAGUGAACAAAUUUACUUGUGGUCUACACUUUGUUACUUAUACAUCGGAGCCUGUUAAGCUGCUGCCUUAUUUAAUGAAACGCUUUGUUAAGCGCGGCGGUUUGAUACUGAAACGUCGCAUUCAAGACUUGGAGCAAUUUGUAGCUGAAUCCAGCUACGAUGUGGUGGUCAACUGCACUGGACUGGGCUCACAGCAGCUGCUGAGCGAUGAACAGUGCUAUGCAGUGCGUGGUCAAGUCACUCGCGUCAAGGCCAAUUGGGUCUACGCAGCGCUGCUGGAUGAAAGCGAUGAUGGCAAUUAUAUUAUACCCAACACUGAGUCUGUUGUCCUUGGCGGCACGCAUCAGGAGCGCGACUACAACACGCAGAUCUGCCCGCAGGACAAGCGUUUCAUUAUCACUGGCUGCCGUUCCUUGCUGCCUGGUCUCGAACACUCGCAGCAUCUGUUCGAUUGGGUUGGCUUGCGUCCGGGACGCACGCAGCUUUGUCUGCAGGCAGAGCGACGUGGCGCCAAGCUGCUCAUACAUAACUAUGGACAUGGCGGCAGUGGUGUCACUUUGUCCUGGGGCUGUGCGGCCGAAGUGCUUGAGUUGUUGCUAGCCGCGCAGCUUAAAGCCAAAUUGUAAUGCCAUUUGUUAUUGUUGUGGUUAUCAGCUGCAAUUAUCAAACACUUGUUGUCAUUAAACAAAUUUUUAUAAAGUCUGUAUACUAUAUACAAA